CAAAAGGAACAUUAGCAAUAUAUAAUUAUACAAUUCCAAAAAUAAUAGAAUUUCAAUAUUCUAUUAAUUUUUUUGUUACUGGAUCUGAAGAUUAUCCUGAAAGAUUAAUUAAACCCUUUUCUGAAGUAUAUUUAUUAAAUGAUAAUUUAAAAUUAUUAGUUGAUUAUUAUACUGAAAUAUAUUUAAAUGAUAAUCUUAAAUUUUAUACUAAAAGACAAGUAUCUAAUGAUUCAAGUUCAUAUUUAGUUUCAAAAGGAAUUAUAAAAGCUAGUGCUUUAGAAUUAUGUAGUGAAUAUUUUGGAUCUGAACUUACUCAUUCUGAUUUAGAUUUAAAAGAUAGACUUCCACUUGCUGAAAUUUGGGAAACAAAAUUUCAAACUAGAUCUUAUGAAAACUUUUUUCCUGUUCAAAAAAUAUUAU